UUUUCUCUAAUUUUACAUAGUUCUUGACAGUUGUUUAAAGAGUAAUGUUUUUACAAGAAAAAAUAGUAAUUUAAAAAAACAAAAAAAUGAAAACCGAUGCAGUAAUAACAGACGUUAUUGUUCUUUCAAAAGAUACAAAUUGUCUACAACCUAUAAUUGUCAAUUUUCAAAAUGGACAAUUAAAAGAUGAUGAGACUUAUAAUAUGAAAUGUGGUAUAUUUUCUAAUGAACAAUGUGAAAAAACAGUACUUGCUUUAUCAAAUGGAAAAAUUGUAUACAAAGGUUAUAGGCCAAAUGUUGAUAAGGAACCAAUGUGUACAAUGUUGGCUAUUCGUGACAAAAUAACGGGCAAAAUAAAACUUAUACAAGCCGAACGAUGGGACGUUGCACCUGUUUUAAAUCGUAAUUUAAAUAAUGACAAUUAUACAAGCACUGAUAAAAUUGCAACACUUAAUAAAUUAUUUGGUUCAAAGAAAGUUAAACGAAAAACAGAAUUACAUGAAAAGACCAAAAUAAGCGGGGAUUCUGUCAAUGAACUUCUGGAAAAAACUGUUUCAAAUGUAGAUGUGGAAAAAAUGAAUGGUUCAUUAGACAGUGAAGAAUUAUUGACAAAUUCUAUUUUACCACCGUGUAAUAGAGAAGCAUUAAAUAUAGCCGAUGUUUAUGAUAUUAAUGAUAUUGUUCCAAAGGAAGUUUUAAAAAAUUUAUUUCAAGUGGAAUUCGAAUCAGUGGAGGAUUCAUUGGAAGGGAAAUCUAAAUUUUUUAUUGAUACUUUGAAGUGUAUAAAAAAUCUUCCAAAUUGCAAUAAAAGACUAGCAGUUUUAUUAUAUAUUGAUGCAGUAAUGACAUGGUUUAAACUUCCAAUUAAAGAUGCAAAAAAACGUGGUACUAAAAUAUGUGUUUAUUCAAAUAUUGUUAAUGACUAUGUCAUGGAAAAAUAUAGUUUAAACAGUGUUAAUGGAAGAUUACGACCUAGUAGUAUAAAAGAUAAGGGUAUUAUUCAUUGUAUUAUCUUAGCUCUUGCGAUAAAUGAUUAUUCAUUAGAUUUGGAAUUAUUUGCAACUGAAAUUGGAGUUCGUAUAAGUCUUAAAAAAAUGACUGAAUUCGCAAGAUUAAUUUGUGCCUUACCACUUAAAGAAAACAAAAAAAUAGUUGUUCUAAAACUUCCAUUACCACCUCCAUUAUCUUUAUUCGCUAAUCGAAAAAAUCGCAAAUAAUUUGUAAAAAAUUAUUCUAAACUUUUAUAAAUAAAAAAAAUAUAUGUUUUAAUAAAACUUUUUUUCACUAAGAAAAA